CACAGCAACAGCAACAGCCACCAGGUCCCCCUCAACAACAACAACAACAACAACAGCAACAGCAGCAGCAGCAGACGUCAGGUCCUCCACAGCAAUCCCAGCAGCCUCAGGGGCACGGGCAGGGCCCGCAAGGUCAGCCUUCCCCUUUCUCCCAGACUCCUCCCCUGCAGCAGCCGCGGGAGCAGCAGUCUCCCUUCCAGCGCUUCGCACCGCCAUCACAGGAGGUCUCCCAGGACUCCUUCAGCUCCCAGUCCAGUGCUCCUCCCUCCAACCAGCCGUUGGUCUCCAGUAAGGCGGGCGCGGAGGACACCAUGCAAGGCCGCCCCUCCAGCUUACCGGAUCUGUCGGGCUCCAUAGAUGACCUCCCCACGGGGACCGAGGGAGCCCUGAGCCCUGGUGUGAGUACCUCUGGUGUGUCCAGCAGCCAGGGGGAGCAGAGUAACCCGGCUCAGUCGCCCUUCUCCCCCCACACCUCGCCCCACCUGCCGGGCAUCCGCGGGCCCUCGCCCUCCCCCUCUGGCUCGCCCGCCAGUGCCAGCGCCUCCCGCUCCGGACCGCUUUCGCCUGUCGCUGUGCCAGGGAACCAGAUGCCCCCCAGGCCCCCUAGUGUGCAUUCAGACGGCAUUCUCCACUCCUCCAUCAACCAGCCACCGAUGGGGCAGGAACGGGUCUACAUGCGGAACCCCCAGAUGCCCUCAUAUGGCUCGCCUCAGCCUGCCUCCGCCUUAUCUCCCCGCCAGUCCUCAGGAGGCCAGAUGCAUGCUGGGAUGGGCCCUUACCCGCAGAACAACUCCAUGGCCAACUAUGGCCCGCAGGGAGGCCAGUACGGCCCUCAAGGUUAUCCUAGGGGACCUGGCUAUAAUGCCAUGCCCAAUGCCAACUACGCCGGUCCUGGCAUGGGCGGCUCAAUGAACCCCAUGGCUGGGCAGGGCGGUGGCAGUCCGUAUGGGGGGAUGCCACCAGGAAGGAUGGUCCCGGGGCAGAUGGGCACACGGCCCUACGGCCCUGGCAUGGGCCCCAACAUGGCCCCCAACAUGGCCGGCAUGCCCCCGCAGGUGGCCUCGGGGAUGUGCCCACCCCCUGGCAUGAACAGGAAGCCACAGGAUGGGUCAGGGCCUCCAAUGCAUCACGGUCCUCCCGGGAAUUCUAUACACAGGCCACCGGGCUACCCGCAAGGCAUGCCGCCAGGCAUGAUGGGACCUGGCUCCCCAUACUCUGCCCCUCUUAACAGCAUGCAGGGGAUGAUGAACCAGGGAGGGCCCUACCCCAUGGGGGGCAACAUGGCCAAUAACAACCAAGGCAUGGCUCCCAGCCCAGAGUUUGGUAUGGAGGUGAAGAUGAACCAGGCCCAGAAGAUGAACAACAAAGUGGACGGCCCCCCGAAGACUGAGCCUACCAAAAAGAAGUCCAGCUCGUCCACCACCACCAAUGAGAAGAUCACGCGGCUGUAUGAGCUGGGCCCGGAGCCGGAGAGGAAGAUGUGGGUGGACCGCUACCUAGCCUUCUCCGAGGAGAAAGCUCUGGGCAUGACCAACCUGCCCGCCGUCGGACGCAAGCCCCUCGACCUCUUCCGCCUCUACGUCUCCGUCAAGGAGAUCGGCGGACUCACACAGGUUAACAAAAAUAAGAAGUGGCGAGAGCUGGCCACUGCCCUGAACGUGGGCACCUCCAGCAGUGCCGCCAGCUCCCUGAAGAAACAGUACAUCCAGUGCCUGUACGCCUUCGAGUGCAAGAUCGAGCGCGGCGAAGACCCGCCACCUGAUCUAUUCACUGACAACAAGAAGAACCAGCCCAAGGCCCAGCCACCGUCCCCAGCGGGAUCAGGGUCGCUCCAGGGCCCCCACACACCCCAGUCCACGAGCAGCUCCAUGGCCGAGGGCGGAGACCUGAAGCCCCCCACCCCUGCCUCCACCCCCCACCCUCAGAUGCCCCCUAUGCCAGGGGUCAGGAGUAGUGUGAACCUGCAGGACCCCUUUGCUGACGGGGGAGACCCGGCCUUCCCCCGACGGAACUCCAUGACGCCCAACUCUGGCUAUCAGCCUGGUAUGGGAGGGCCUGGUAUGGGCCCCUAUGAGCCCAACAAGGACCCUUUUGGUGGCAUGAGGAAAGCUGGUGAGCAGUUCAUGGGCCCAGGACAGGGCCCCAACCCCCCCAUGGGGGAGCAGUACAACCGCGGCCCCCCAGGACCCAUGGGCAACAUGCCCAUGGCCCAGAGGCAGCAGUACCCCUACGGCCCUGGGUACGAACAAAGAAUUAAACACACUCUCCCUCUCUCCUCAUCCCCGUCCCUACCCCACUCCAUCCGGCACAGACCAGAGGCGGGUAUGGGUCCGGAUGGUGCCAUGGGUCCUGGUGGUCCUCAGCCCAAUAUGAUGCCUUCCAAUGCCGAAGCGGGGAUGUACUCGCCCAACAGACCCCCACACCAGCAGAGGCAUGAUUCCUAUGGUAAUCAGUACCCUGGCCAAGGCCCGCCCCCUGGUGGCCCCUACCCCAAUCAGCAGCCAGGAAUGUAUCCACAGCAACAACCGAACUACAAGCGGACGGCAGACGGAGGCUACGGUCCCCCCGCCAAGCGGCACGAGGGUGAGAUGUACAACGUGCCCUUCAGCGGGGGCCAGCAGCCACAGCCCUCCCAGGGACCCCCACAGGGGCCCCCCAACGCCCCCCAGUCCCAGCAGGAGAUGUACAACCAGUACAACCAGUUCCCCGGGUCCGAGCGCCGCCCCCCCGGCCAACAAGGCCAGUUCCCCUUCCCCUUCGGACGGGAACGGGGCCCGCCAACCAGUGGUGGUGGUGGAGGUGGCGGCCCAAACGCCCAGCCCUCGAUGCCCCCUCAGAUGAUGCCGUCUGUGACCGACGGACCGCAGGGUCCGUUGUGGCAAGGGCGUAAUGAUUUGAGUUAUGCCAACUACCCCAACCGGCAAGGCCCACCUGGGAUGCCAGGGCAGGGCCCGGGGUACCACGGGAUGAACCGCUCGGAGGACAUGAUGCCCUCGGACCAGCGCAUGAACCACGAGGGCCCGUGGCCGCCCCACAUGAAUCAGCGGCAGCCCCCUUAUGGACCUGGCGGUUCCGGCCCGCCUGUCUCGCGGGCCCUGCAGCCCAACUAUCAGAACCAGAACCACAUUCCGCAGGUGUCUAGCCCGGGACCCAUGCCCCGGGCCAUGGAAAGCCGGACGUCGCCCAGCAAGCCACCCUACAUGCACUCGGGCUCCCCUGGCAUGAAGAUCCAGAAGGCGGGACCCCCUGUGCCGGCCUCGCACAUCUCGCACCCGCCUGCGCAGCCCCCACUUAUCAGGAGAGACGUGGCAUUCCCACCGGGAUCGAUAGAGGCCUCUCAACCAGUCCUCAAGCCACGCCGGAGGCUCACCACGAAAGACAUCGGAACACCAGAGGCAUGGAGAGUGAUGAUGUCACUGAAGUCAGGUUUGUUAGCCGAGAGCACGUGGGCCCUGGACACGAUCAACAUUCUACUGUAUGAUGACAACAGCAUCUCUACCUUCAACCUCUGCCAGCUUCCUGGUUUCCUGGAGCUGGUGGUGGAGUACUUCCGGCACUGCCUCAUCGAGAUCUUCGGCAUCCUGAAGGAGUACGAGCUGGGAGACCCUCGCCAGCGCACCCUCAUCGACCCCAACGCCGUGGACCCUGAGUCCUCAGACGACGAAUUCCCACUGGACAUGGAUGACGUGGACGAGGAUGAAGAUGACGAAGAGGAUGAAGUGCGAGAGGUGAAAAGCACGGACGUCACUUUGGAAGUCGAGGUGAAACAGGAGAAGGACGAGUCUGCGCCAGUAAAGAAAGGGUCGGAAAAAUCAGAAAUGGACAACGGGCACGAAAGAAAAGAGGAAGACGAGUCGUCGUCGUCGUCCUCCAAAGAGCCUCGUGCAUCUAGUCCCUCAGCCCAGGACAACACUGCUCCUCAGGAUAGGCCAAAGCAGGCCAGCAAGUUUGACAAGCGCCCCAUCAAGGUGAUGCGGAAGAAGAACCCUUUCCCUGGGGGUUGCUCCUCUAAGCUCGGCCGGCGGGAGACGUUCGACAGCGGCCUCCUGCACUGGAGCGCCGGGGGCGGAGACACCACUGACCAUAUCCAGACGCACUUUGAGAUCAGGUCCGACCCGCUGGUGUCGCAUAAACGGCUGCACAUCAGCGCCAGCCAGAAGCGGCAGAGAAUAACAGAGGAUGCAGCUGCCACAACAGCAACCAUGACGACAGCUGCGCCAUCAACCGCAAUAACAACAAUGGCAGACCAGUCGAAUGAGGAAGCCUCUAGGAAGAAGCAGCUGGCUGAGGAGAAAGCAGAGCAGCAAGAACAACAGAGGAGUUCAUCAGAAGAGAUGGUCUCAGCCAAGACGGAAAGGAGUCCGGCUGCCUCUGUAACUGCACCCAGCGCAGCCUCAAGCACCGCCGUCACCAUGGAUGACAUCCUCUCCUCACGGCACAACUCUGGAGACGGCACGACCGCGGGCGCGGUCACCGGAAGCAGCAACGGCUCUGUCGACAUGAAAGACGAUUCCAGAAUGUUCUCAAUCAACUUCGGCCGGCUGAGGCCAGGCAGCUGCAUGCCCGUCCUGGAGGACGAGCCGCACAGCAAGGACGAGACGCCGCUGGGCACUCUCUCCGACUGGCAGGACUCGCUGGCUCGCCGCUGCAUCUGCGUGUCGAACAUCGUCCGCAGCCUGUCGUUCGUGCCGGGCAACGACCACGAGAUGUCCAAGCACCCGGGCCUGCUGCUGCUGCUGAGCCGCCUGGUACUGCUGCACCACUGGCAUCCCGAGCGCAAGCAGGCGCCCGUCACCUACGAAAAGGAGGAGGAGGAGGACGAGGGGGUGAGCUGCGAACGAGACGAGUGGUGGUGGGACUGCCUGGAGGUGCUGCGCGAGAACUGCCUGGUGACGCUCGCCAACAUCUCGGGCCAACUGGACCUGUCCAUCUACUCCGAGAGCAUCUGCCUGCCGCUUCUCGACGGGCUUCUCCACUGGGCCGUGUGCCCGUCGGCCGAGGCCAUGGACCCCUUCCCCUCGCUGGGCUUGAGCGGGGAGCUGUCGCCACAAAGGCUGGUCCUGGAGGCCCUCAGCAAGCUGAGCAUCCAGGACAACAAUGUGGACCUGAUCCUGGCCACGCCGCCCUUCGGCCGGCUAGAGAAGCUCUUCGGCACGCUGGUGCGCCUGGUGGGCGAGCGCAAGGUGCCUGUGUGCCGCGAGAUGGCGGUGGUGCUGCUGGCCAACCUGGCGCAGGGCGACAGCAUGGCGGCCCGCGCCAUCGCCGUGCAGAAGGCCAGCGUGGGCAACCUGCUGGGCUUCCUGGAGGACAGCCUGGCCGCCACGCAGUUCCAGCAGAGCCAGGGGGCCCUGGUGCAGCACAUGCAGGCCCACUUCGAGCCCACCAGCGUAGACAUGAUGCGGAGGGCGGCCCGCGCCCUGCACGCGCUCGCCCGGGUCGAGGAGAACCACUCGGAGUUCACACUGUACGAGUCGCGGCUGCUGGACAUCUCCGUGUCGCCGCUCAUGAACUCACUGGUGUCGCACGUCAUCUGCGACGUACUGUUCCUCGUCGGCAAGUCGUGACAGCCGGGGCUGACGUCUUUUUCUGCCUCAUCCUCCUGCCCCCGCUCCCUGAAAGCUCCCCCUCCUCCUCCUCCUUAGGUUUCUCUUUGUUUUUCCUCCCCGCAACUGUGUCUGCACGAGAGAGUGUAUGAAUGGAGAAAACAGCAGAAACUGACUGUGGUGUUUUUUCAGGUUUUUUUUUUUUUUUUCUUUCCCGUUUUUUAUUUAUGCAAAAUCACCUCGGAUUCCACUGACCUAUCCAAGAACCAUCCCCCCCAUCUGCCUCGCCCCUCUUCUGCCUCUCUCUAAAGGAGCGAUUUCAUGAAGUAGUUGUGGAUUUCCGAACUUGCUUUUCCACCCCUGUAAAGUCGAAACGAGACCCACCCCAGCUUGGAUGAGUGUGCUGCCCCUUUGAGAAAAACUGACUUUUUUUAUAUAUAUAUAUAUAUAUAAAGAAAAAAAAACUAGAUUUAACAAAAAUCAACAAAAUUAAAAAAAAAGAACCUAAAACAAACACAAAACUGUAACCAAAGUUGCCGUCUUGUUUACAGUGAGUUUGGGGGUUCUCCUCGAAGGUGGGGCGACAACGGGGCAGGGCAACAGGACGGAGGGGGUUUUGGGGUGCAGGGGUUUUUUCUUUUCCGGUUCUGGUGCGGAGCCUGGACAGACUCGCAGAACCCCCCAUGCGAGCUAAACGUUGCUGUAAGAAUGAUCUGCGUUCGGCCAGUGAGGAACCAGGCCAUCGGCUGUGAACAGAUGUGGACAUAGGAGGCUCGUGCAGUAGAUUGUAGGACGUUUUUUUUUUCUUUCUUUUUUUUUUUCGUACUGUACACCUUAAAAAGAAAGAAACGAAAAAAACUGUAAACAUACUGUAAUAAUACUGUUUCACACUGAGAUACGCUGGCUUGGCAGCAAAAAAAAAAAAAGAAUCCUGUAGUUUUUAAAAACUGAUUUUAGUUGAUGUCGAGAGAGAGAGAUUGAAAAAAAACAAGGCUUUUCCCCCAAAGUGUCGUGAACCUACAACACCCGUACCUCUUCUCUCUAUCCCUCGAUUGUAUGACUUGACCCUCAAUGAAAUCACCUCUUAGGACUGGUCUUUGGCGCUAGAUGCAGUCCAGGCUGCAAUGUAUAUAAAACGAUGUUGUAUAUUUGACAUCCUUUUUGCUCUUCUUCCUCACAUCUCUGGCACGCUCUUCUUCUUACUCAUCCCUUCAUCAUGUUCUUGAUUCAUUUUUUUUAGUUUUUUUUGUUUUGUUCAUUCAUUCUUUUAUUGUUGUUUUUUUUUUUUCUCUGAAUGAAUAAAAAGGCUAAACUCAAAAUGAGUCCCACUUCCCUCCCCCAUGACAUCAUUGCGUAUCGCCAUGUGAUAUUUCUAACUUUUCCUCAGUCAGGCCUAUGGUGGUUGGUGAUAGUGGUGGUUGUGGUGAGCGGUGGGGAUUGCACAGCUGCUGUUCCUUGCAACCCCCAAAACCUCUUACCCACCACCACCCCCCCCCCCCCCCAAAAAAAAAAACAGGUCAAGUUGUCAAGUUUCCACGGUUCACCAGGGCAAAGGCAUGUGGAGAGGGAUAUCAGCUAAUUCACCACUGCAGGCAUCAGACCUCUUCAUUGGAUGGAGAGGGUCUGAUUGAAUUAUUUUAGUUUUAUUAAGGGUUUUUUUUUGUUUUGUUUUGUUUUUUUUUCCUCCUGUGACAUGGAUUCCGCAUAUUUGUAUUUCAGACGAUGUAGCUAAAAACUUGAUGUAAAUUCCUUUUUUGUUUUCUUUUUUUGGGCUUAAUGAAUAUCAUUUAUUCAGUAUGAAAUCUUUAUACUAUAUGUUCCACGUGUUAAGAAUAAAUGUACAUUAAAUCUUGGUAAGACGU